GCCUUUUAAUUGGAUCCAGGCUCUUUCAAAGGUCUGGCUGGCGCGGAUGCUAAGUAGGCCAUGCCUUGGCGCCGAAACACAAAAUGGCGGAAGGUGACAGAGGGAUUUGGAAACCAUAUAAAGAGUUGUUAGCGAUUGUGGAGAGAGCCGUCACUCGAAAAAGUCCGGAAUGCCACCACGAUUUGGAAGUAGCACUGAAGAAAUUCAAGCCUGAUUUCAUCGCAUUGCUGAAAAAUCCUGCCAAAAACCCAAACUACAGACAACAAAUAAAGAAUGCACAUCAAGAAGGCAUCAUUUUCAGUGGACGCCAAGAGAAGCAAAAGCUUCCGGAACAAUUCAUCCAAGAAGCACUGAUCAUCAGUGACAUACUAGACUUGAAUGAGCUAGCCAGUGUUGAGCUUCUAUUGGCUGGUGAACAACAGCAACCAAAUUUUCCAGGCUUGACGAGAGGCCUAGUUGCGGUGUUAUUGUACCAUGAUGGGAGGCGCUGCCUGGUCAGUGCAUUGAAAACUUUGAUCCAAGCGAGGGAAGGAAUAACCUGGACACUAGGACUCACUGAUGAUCUCUGUCAGUUAAUCACUAAAUUCACAAACGAGCUGAGAGAGGAAGGUUUAACAGCAACAAUUCUGAACCAGCUAGAGCAGAUUGACCUUAAGGUUGAGCUUGAGAAACUUCAAAAAGGCCAGGCUAUCGGCGAUGAGCACCACAAGCGACAACUGAUAGACUUCAUCACAGACCAGCGGCAGCUUCUUGCCGAAUGUCUCUAUGGGCUGGCCUGUCAAUCACCUCUGCCAAGGAACGACUGUCUUCAGUUGCUGGGUUACCUGAAGAAGUGUCAAUCACUUGAAGUUGAUGGACGGCUUGAUAGUGUGACACUGAUGGUGUUGAUGGCGAUGUUGUAUUGUUUGAAUGUUGAUCCACUAGAUGAUGCUAAUGAGUUACAGACUUUCAUCAAUGAAGGUUCCCUUCCACUGCUAUCUGACCCAUCAUUCAUACCAGACCUACAUCGUGAGCUUGCAACAUCAACCUGGUUAAACAGUGGUCUCUUAGCAACCAUCCAGUUUGCCUGGUCACUUGUCCUACGCUCAUGCAGUCAGUGGUCCAGCUUAGCCGCGUCAGCUGCAGAUAUCUUGGAGGAAGACGAGGCCGUGCUGGAUAUGGCUGUAGAGGGGAGAGUGUUUGCUUUCCUCAGGUCGUCUAUGGUUCAAGCUAGUAUUUUUCACCAUGAGGAUUAUUUUGUGAGAAGACUGCAUUCUCUUAUAACGGGAUUCAUAGUAAAGAUGCCACUGAAGGUGAAGGAGCUACGUAACCAUGGUGACGAGGCCGCCCGUAUCCUGCUGGUACACCUGCAGGAGGGCCUGGAGCCUCCCGAAGACCUGCCAACACAUUUUGAAGACCUGUUACUUUUGAUUGGGGACGUUUACAGCAAAGAUCCAAGUGGACUAGAACUAGCCACAGACUACUGGUGCGUCCCAGACCCUGUGACCACACCCUUCUCGCCUUACGCCCGGGCAGUCUCGCCAGCCUAUCGUCAGCGCCUCUCCUCCAAGCAAGUCAGUCUGAACAAGUUUGUCCACCUGGCUGGGGACCUGUUGCCUUUGCCGUUGUUUGUGCCAUAUAUGGAUAUGCUGGUUGGCCUGUGUACAAGUCCACAGGGUGCCCACCAUUGCUUCAAUAUGUUAAAGACGACAGCUAAUAGCACAGUGUCGUGGGAUCACUUCUUCACGGCAAUUAAACAAUACUAUAUGGACUUGCGACAAAACGGUAGCCAGGCAGGAGGGGAAAUCCACCGGGCCCAUUCUCCAAACUGCAGUGUGUCUCAGACGGAGCUGGAGGGACUGGAGGCUGUGCUGAGGGUCACUGAAAGAGUUGCUGAUCAGGAUGAAGUUGCUCGUAUCGCCCUGUGUGAGAGUCAAGUUUGGUUACCAGUUGCCUCUUUGUUUGGUUUGCUUGGAUGCUCAAUCCCUAUUAGUCUUAAGGCCUGCAUACUCAACACCCUGGCGGCGUUUGCCAAGUCACCAGAGAUAGCAGCCUCUAUGUGGCAUACCUUGGAAUUGGCACAGGUUCUACAGACAGUUGAACAACCAGGGCAGACAGCACAAGGCACUAGUGGUAUUCAGGCCGAGUUGAAUGAGUUGGAAUCCCGUAGCGAGGUUUAUCCUGAGACCCGUGCCUUUCUCAAGCUGAUGGCUGCCCUGACAGACAUCCCUGUCCCUACCGCACUGGGCGUCGGCUAUCGCGUACCAGGGUUUGAGCCGUAUCUAGUGUUCCUUAGAGACCAGGUGCUCCUCAAAUUCAGCACAAGAGCAUAUAAAGACCCAACAGAAAAGUGGCAAGUGGCUUGUGGUGUGCUGGAGAUCCUGUUCAAACUCUUGGAUGCAUACUCCCCUCAGCCAGGAGACUUUGUGGAUCAGUUCAUGGAGGGGAGGGGUGGGGAAAGGCAUCUUGUCCCCAAACCAGCAGGAUUCUCAAUUAUGGUACACAUGAUGAACGACACCCAGAUGCUACAAAUGGUUCUUUCCAUUAUUGACCAAGCCUCAACAGCGUUAGACAUGUUGACAGCAACAUCAGAAGGAAAGGACGAACUUGAAAGAGCCACCUUGCUUUGCUUACGGGUGGUUGAGGUGACACUUGAGAGACAGGAGACCUUCAUGGACAUGCUACGAAGUGUGGUUCAUGGCUCUGCCGUAAUGGUGACACCACUGCAACACUUAUUGAUGACGGUCAACCCUGCCACUCAGAAGGCAGACUACCUGCUCAAAGUAACUAAAUACCUGACCCUGUCUCACAUCAGCCCAGAGCUCAGUCUCUCUGCCAUCAAGAUCCUUUGCCAGGUCGGCCAGUCGCAGCCUGUGCAGUCACACCUGGUCGGGAUCCUCACAGCAGACAAGGCAAUGUCUCAGAAGAUUCUCAUAGGAUUUGUUGAUCACCUUGAUAUUGACGAGCCAGAGGAACAGCAUACACGAGAUAUGCUAGAGAUAGGGGAAGAGUACCUAGAUGAGAAGUCCUACGAUCCAACUCAGUUGCACAAUGCUACGAGGCAGAACAUUCUACAGCUCCUCUUAUACUCCCUGGCCUUCCCGGCCCCAAACCUGGCGCACUUCCUUCUUGGCUUUGAGCUACGCAGGCCAGUGUCCAAGACAAAUAUCCAGUUGCCAGGUGUGCUUGGUGCCCCGAAGACUUGCCUUCAUGCAAUCGUGGACAUACUAAACAGGGGUGUCGACAGCCAUCAUGGACCAACCAGUAUCAUCGAUGCACCCCGCUUCUCCGCCCUAGCCUACAAACUCAUCUACUGCCUUUGUGCCAACAAAGACACCUUCAUGCCCACAUUGCGGUUCUUAAGAACAAGUCAUGACUUCCUGUACCAGCACCUACAACACCUGCCAUUUAAACAAGUAGUUGCCAUGGAGUCCAGCACUGACCUGGUCCCGCCCCUUUGUAUAGCCAAUCAGCAGUCAUGGCUUUUGAGGAUUGCUGCCAUUGAGCUGAAAGUGACAGCUCAAAGCCGUCAGCGCUCUCACACACAGAGAUUGCUUGGACUGCUGUUGAAUGAGCCCUCGACGCUUGGCUUACUGAAUGCCUCCCAGAUGACUGACAUUGUCCCACACCCAGACGAUGACCUAUCGGCAACGAACAUAAGUCUUUAUCAGACGGCACUGUAUGCUGAGCCAACACCAAACCAGCAGCCAGGCCGGCGAAAAAUCCUGAGCAUCCUAGACUCUGUUGAUUUCUCUCAAGACUUCCCUCCACAGCUACAGCUGAACUAUUUCGACCCUGGGGUGAUGGAGCGAGUGAUUGCAUCAUGUGAGCUCAAGUCAGAAGAGACUGGGGUCCAGUAUUGCAACAUUCGGGAACUCAACAGACUCUUACGCAACGAGAUUAGCAAUGCCCAGGGCCCCAAUGCCGCCGGACAGAAGAACUUCCUAUUUCAGGAGGUUAAGGACAUCCUUAGCAAUGUUGUACAGCGAAACAUGGUACGCGAGAGCCUGCAGGCGAAAAAGGAUGCCUUUGAGUCAUGGCGCCAGGUGAUUGAGGUGGCAUUAGCGACAUGCCCAGGGGAUAUCCUGCUGCAAGAUGUCAAGCAAGCUGUGAUUCUAGAAACUCUACAAGACUUGCUAAUGAAGAUAGCACAAGAGGAUGCCCUACAAGAACUGACGUCACCCGUCUCUGGCGUCAUCAUGAUGCUGAUGACACAUCUUCGACACUGCACUAACCGCGGCAACAUGACCACACCCACAAGCACCUUACACACCUCUACUCAAGACAGGUCCUUUGCCGUCAGCCGAGGUAAUGUCCCCUCAGGGCCCCUGUUCGCUGUCCUGAGGGGCAUUAUUGAGGUGGUGCUGAGGUCUGGUGGGGGUCUUCAGCGCGUGAGGGCUAACCUUUACACUGCCCUGCUGUAUUUCAUGCAGAUUGUCCAAAAACCUGACGACCCAAAGGAUACAGGUGUUCUUGAGGGCGUACUGUCUCAGCCUGGUCAAUCAUGGGAUCUAGGGACACUCUCUGUUCUGUCGAGUUAUGGGGAGCCCUUCAUGGAGAUGCUUUGUCGGGAUGCUUGCGAUGGACAUGAUAUCGGACGGAUGCUGGCAUUUUCUCUUCUCAAUGCUAUCGUCAACGUCGACUGGCAGAAGCGAUGGCUGACAUACUUCUCCAUGAAGGGCUUCCUGGCCACGAUAGUCGAGGGGCUCUCCCAAGAGGAUGAGGCCCUGCAGACCAUGCUAUACCCCUCCCCAGGGUCCCUCAAGGCUCUGUAUGUGUACGAGUCCAAGAUGUCCCUGUUGACGUGUAUUGCUCAGUCCCAGGAGGGGGCCCAGGCCCUGAUGCAUGCUGGACUACUAGCUAGGCUUGCUGAGUGCAGCUUUCUUGAUCAGAGACCCGAGUACGAGUUUCAUAGCAGCAUGAAUGGCUAUGGUGACGAGGACUCGUUUGUGCCGUCCGUCAUGGACCGGUAUCGACAGCUGCUGUUACCAGCUCUUCAAGUCAUUAGCACAAUCCUGGCCUCACUUGGGCCACAACACAGGGAGGCAUCCAUGAAGGUGCUGGGUGUGGUGGUGUCACACGCCGAUGUGUUCACAAGCAUCCUCCAGGACCGCACACCCGUACACACGCCCUCCUCCCUACAGGAGCUUGCUCUCAUUACAGGGAUCAUUUGUAACGCUGCUCUCACAGAGACUAGUGUUCUUGACGAGGAUACAAUCCUCGAAGAUGAGAUCAAGUUGCGUGGACCGCUGGCCAGGAUUCAGAGGCUCAUGCUGGCGCUACUUCCCAAAUACUGCUCCAGCGAGAACUGGGACAAGGUUAUCAAAACGGUCGCCGCACAGAACUCCCCCCAUCAAGGCCCAAGCAGCAAACUCAGUCCCGUAGCCAUGGAAACAGCAGAGAUGCUCCACCGGAUCUGCUGCAAUGUGAUUGGCUACUGCAGAACAAUAGUCAGCUCUUCAGGCUCGGCCAAGUGUAAUAUCCACGUGGUGUUUGGUCCAAGUAUGGCCGAUAUCCUGACCAGGGACACACACCGGACAAGGACAGACAGUUACCGUGCAGCCGCUGUGCAUACGCACCGCCCUCCCAGCCUGGGUGUUCUAGUGACCGUCAUCAAGGGGUGCGCUGACCAGAUGGGCCGUGCCGUGGACGUGUACAAACAGACAAGCCUCAAGCAGCAGAACAUGGCAGAACUCACCGGGGAAGAACUGCGAGAGCUGAGCCAGCUACAGGCGACUGCUGCACCCACUGACAAGAUGUCCACGGGUCAACGGCAACAGCUUGCUUACAAAUGCUUGACACAGAUCGUGGACUUCAAACAACAGGAAAUCUACACCCAUCUUUAUAUCAUCGAGAGCUCCCUCUUUAUUUUAUGGCGACACUUGGAUUACUUUUAUCUUCGGUGCAUUCCGUCAGACGAAGAAAACACCCUACUAAACCAGGGGCAGGCGUCAACUCGGAUGAGGCGACUACAAGAGUUUUCCGUAACAGACAACCAGUCACGCACACCGCAACACAAGCAUGGCGUGACUGGGGAUGGCGUGACAAGGGACGAGAUUCAGACGCUCAAGCAGGAAGCGUCCAGUUGUGUGACGGAUGUGCUACUGAAGAAACUCGUAGACCUAGAGCAGAAUCACGGGAAGGCAAGGUCCCGGAUGUCUUUCAUCCAAGUCCUUGUUCGUCGCGUCAAACGCCUUCUUACCCUACAUGGAAUCCAUUCCCUCGACGAGCUCGGCCCGGCGCGGAAAUCAGCAUGAGCCUUCAGUGCAUGGUGUUUUGAAUUUUCAGGAUAGUACUUCAUGUAGCCAGCAAUAGUGUGUCAACCAAAACCCUAACCAUAACCAUAUAUCCAUAUUGCUGCUACAUGAAGUACUAACUUCUUUUCAUUGCGCACGGACACAAACGGGCACACGACGAGCACACAGUUUAACAAUGGCUGGAGGGGUUGUGUGUGUGUGGGGGGGGGGGGGGAGUAGCCUUGCAUAAAGUUAGAGAAAUGACGCAAACGAAAUACCAAUCUACACGUUUGUAAUCAUCAAUUAGAAAAUUCUCUGAUUUUGUAGAAAUAAAAAAAUUUAUAUUCCUA